AAUCCUGAAUUAGAAGAUUUCUUGGUAUGCAUCAUUUCUUGAUUUCUUGGUUAUCUUUCAAAUGAGUACUUUAUUAUGUUCGAAUUAAUUUAGAGGUAUUUGUUAAUGUAAUUAUAUUUUGAGCAACACUUUCCCUACCGAUUUAUGGCUGACUCACUGACCUCCGCUCGUUGUUGGAGAAGCUGUAGGGACCACAAGCCGAGGGUCGUUUUGCUGCCCUUCUUCUCUCACGUCGUCGGCUUCUCUCUCUCUCUUUCUCUCCUCUCCUCCUUUUCCUCCUCGUCCUUCCUCUCUCCUUCACCGACAACGCGGCGUCGCCGCUCAGACCAAACCAUUCCCAUCCGACAUCAAUCAUGGGCACAGUCUACCGGUGCGCGGGAUGCGGGGCAGAUCUGAAUCUGAGCGCGGCGCACCUCUACCCGGCGGACGCCCACUUCGAGGCCGGCAACAAGGGCACCUUCUCCUUCUCCUGGGUGGACGACGCCCGGCUCCAGUUCGCCAAGGAGGACCGGAUCAAGCCCUUCUUCGAGACCCCCAACUACUGGGGCAUCCAGCGCAAACGCACCCGCCUCCUCUGCGACACGUGCGGCCACCUCCUCGGAUACGUCUACGACGACGGGCCUCCCGCGAUGCGCGGCCACGGCCAGUUUGGGUUCGGCCAUGGCCACACCGUCUCUCGCGCCCCCAGGUACCGAUUCAAGAUCAAGGCCCUCAACAUCUCCUACUGUUGAAAUGAUGAUCACAGGUCCGCGUCGAGAACCUAUCGAUGCAUGAUUUUGGUGAUUUAGAUCAGGAAUUGGUUACUCGGGUGCUCGAUUGUGCGCUUCGGGUGUCCAUCGGAUACAGACGGGUAAUGCUCACGGCAAAAGGCCGCCCGUCGUCUCCUGUUUGCCUUUUAUUUCUAGGUUUGGUC